UGACGCGCGCGCUGAUGGCGCGAGCACGCGCGGGUCUCUCGGGGACGCGCCGCCCCCCAUUCUCGCGCGCUUUGUUCUCUGUGAGGGCUGUUUUAAGUCUUUUUAAUGGCGUCUCUCACACGUCCUGCCCUAUCGCACCUCUCGACGUGUGUGUGUCUGUGGGGGUCAGGUUAGCUAACAGUGUUAUUCCCAGCAUUUCGCAAGACACUUCACGUAAAUCAAGCUGUUCAGAUUAGUCAAGUACUUUAAACAGAAUUCCUGUCAGCAUUUCCCCUGAAUAUCACAAAGGGGAAUUUAAAAUGGUGGUCCAGGACUUUCAUGUCAGACUCCUUAUUUGACAAGGCUGAUCACAGCAUUAAUUUCUGUAAUCAGCCUGAUUAUGGUAUUUAGUACCUUGGUACUAUUACUGUUUCACUUUUUUUUUUUUUUUUUUUUCUUUAGGAUUGGAAAAAAUAAUCAUAUUUUGUUUUACCCUGUGUGUCAACCGCAGCAGUUUUAAUUUUUUUUCUAUGCCAUUCCCUGCUGCAUGAUCACUGUAUGGUACUGUAUUAGUGAACAGAGGACUCUCUGACCAGGCUGACAUUUUGGGGGUGGGGGUUAUUUCUAUUAAACAAAAAACCUUUAAGUGCUGGUCGCAACGGUUUGAACUGCGAUCAAUUAUUUUUUUUAUUUUUGGGGGGGUUUGUGGAUGGAAGUGGGAAUUUGGGGGGUAAUAGUGUGAGUGUUAGGUAGGCAAUACAUUUAAUUACCAUUUUAGUUUUUAGGUAGAAUUAGUCCAUUAGAAUGGCAUGCUACUAUACGGCGGAGGAGUCGUACACCAUUUUGGUAGACUGUGAUGGUGACACUCUGGAAGACAGUGACACUAAUACAGCUUCUGACAUUGAUCCCCUUAAUGAGUUCUCUAGUCAUGGUGCUCCACCAUCAUCUACAAGAGGAUGGUCAGGAAGUACAGCGCCAGAGCACAACUGGGUACCCCCAAAUCUGAUGGCCCCAGAAAUACCCCCAUUCAUGGCUACACCUGGCAUCGCAGUAACAGUGGAUGCUUGUGAGCCACUAAAUUACUUUGAACUUUUUAUGUCGAACGACAUAUUUGAGCUAAUGGUUGAGCAAACAAACUUGUUUGCCAACCAGUAUCUUUCUGCGAAUCCGGGGUCAAAUUACAACAGAAGAAACAUGUGGCACCCCACGGAUGUUGCAGAAAUGAGAAAAUUUUGGGCUCUAACCCUAGUGAUGGGUAUUGUCAAAAAGCCAAGUAUCAGGUCCUAUUGGUGCAAGCACCCCAUCCUGGCUACCCCUCUUUUCUCUGGGGUUAUGAAAAGGGAUCGCUACGAGCAAAUGCUGCGUUUCCUCCAUUUUAACGACAACACACUGAGUCCCCCUAGAAACGACCCAUUGUUUGACAGGCUCUACAAAAUUCGGCCCUUUAUCCAACUCCUGUCAGACAAAUUUUCACAAAAUUAUGUCCCUAACGAAAACAUUUGUAUUGAUGAAUCCCUAAUGAAAUUUAAAGGUACACUACUGUUCAAGCAAUAUAUUCCAUCUAAGCGGUCACGAUACAGUAUCAAACUUUUUAAAUUAUGCGAAUCCACCACUGGUUAUAUAUGGGCAUUUCGCAUUUAUCAAGGGAAUGUUAGCAAACUUGACCCACCAGGAUGCCCUGAUUCUGUGGGUACAAAUGGCAAGAUUGUAUGGGAUCUGAUCCUUCCCUUGUUAAAUAAGGGUUACAAGCUAUGGGUUGAUAAUUAUUAUACCAGUAUUGCUUUAUUUCAAAAUUUAUCUUGUUUCGAAACCCUAGCCUGUGGCACAGUGCGUAAAAAUCGCAGAGGUUUUCCUCAAACUCUGACAAGAGGCAGACGCAGUAGAGGCUCGUCUUCAGCUCUGCGCAAGGAUGAGAUGUUGGCCCUUCGGUUCACAGAUAUGAAGGAUGUAUACAUGUUGUCUACAAUGCAUGACGAACGUACAGUGCCAGUAUCUGUGAGAGGAGGAACUGAGCAGCUAGAAAAACCAAAAUGUAUUGUAGACUACAACAAGUAUAUGGAGGGAGUACACUUGGCUGACCAAUGUAUACAGCCUUAUCUGGUGAACAGAAAAAGUAGGACCUGGUACAAGAAAAUUGCAAUCUACCUAAGCCAGAUUGCAAUGUUCAAUUCCUAUGUGCUUUACAAAAAAGAAGCCAAAGGCAGAUCAUACCCAUUUCUAGAUUUUAUGUUGAAAAUUUUGUCUGAUAUUUUAUUUACGCAUGCCCCCAAUCCUCCCUCUUUGGAAUCAGAUGAUGUUCAAAGACUUUUUGGCAAACACUUUCCUUCCCGAAUCCCCCCCACACCCUGUAAAAAGUCACCCCAGAGAAAGUGCCGUGUUUGCUACAAGAAAGGAGUCCGAAAGGACUCCAGUUAUUACUGCCCUUCCUGCCCAUCUCUACCUGCCCUUUGCAUAACAAACUGUUACAAAGUCUACCAUACAGAGCUGAACUAUUGAACGAUUCUGUAUGGAACUUUGUCAGUUAGAUUUUUCUGGAUUUCUGACCUCGGUUUUUUCCUGACUACUCUUUGUUAGCUGCCUGUACUGACUUGUUGGCUUGUUUUACCGAUUACUCUGACUUCUUGAUUAGCCUGACCUUGUCCUUUCCCUGUUUUACGAAGUGGCUACACCAAAUUAGUCAAAAUACUACAUUUAAAAAACUUGUUAAAAAUGUAUGCUGUCAUAGGUGCAAUUUUCUUUCUUAGUGUGCCAUGUUCUCUCAAAGGCAACAUAGGCAGAGAAAAUCACUUUGUCAAUUUUACAAGUUAAAAAGAGCAUCUAAUAUAUUUGGCCAUGGGACUUAUCAAAACAUAACCUUAUAAAAACUAAACGUAGCUCAGUAUUUACUUUUUUGAGGGUGUGCACACAGGGUACAAAUUUGCAGAAAACAGUUUUUGCACAAAUUCAUACCUUGUCACAGGGAGCCCAGGAGGUGGCAGGCAGGCCAUUUUAGGGCACCCACAAAGCGGGCUUACCCAGGAUGGCAGGUGCCUACUCUGCCGAAGAGAGAGCAGGCAGCGGUGAGGGAGCGCUGAUGUGUUUCCAGUUUCUCACUGCGCUCUCUAUAGUAUUGCCAAGAGAAGGAAUAUAACAUAACUCCAGCCCCAGCAUCAUUACAGAGGGCAAGCGAGGGAGCAGUAAGGACCCGGAAGACUGCAGGGAGAUUUAUUCCCCACUGGACCCAAAGGAGAAAAUCCCCACUGGACCCCAGGGAGAAGAUCCCCACUGGACCCCAGGGAGAAGAUCCCCACUGGACCCCAGGGAGAAGAUCCCAACUGGACCCCAGGGAGAGGACCGACAUCAAUGCUACUAAAGGUUGGGAGUGCUGGAUAGACCUAAAAAAUAAAAUACAUUUGUGAAGUGUGUGUAUGCAAGAAAGUGUAAAUGUGUGAACGUGUCUUUCAGUGUGUGUGUG